AUGCGUAUCUCCAGCCUCUCGCUUUUCAUCCAGGCUCUACUGUUGACUGCGGUCGCAGCUCAGAGUGCUGGUAUCGCCAACACCAAUACUGUGCAGGAAGUCACAAGUGAAACCACCUCGUCUUCCUCCUCAGUGCCUGAAACCACAUCGACAACUUCAUCAAUUCCCACAACCUCCCAAGAAACUACUUCUGAGCAAACAACUCCCACUCCCAAGCCUACCACUUCGACUUCUUCCACCUCCUCCGCCGAGCGUACCACUCAACCUACCGUUUCCGAACCUACCACCUCAGCAGAGUCCUCCGUCUCCUCCACCACUGUCCCAGAGGCUAUCGCCCCUUCAACCACCUCCAAGACCGAGCCCACCUCCGCGGCAAAUACCGAUGGCGAUAGUACCACUUCAUCCAAGAGCACCACUACCACCCAGACUCCGAUCGUGAAGACCAUCACCUCCUACGCGACCAGCGAUGGAUCCACCAUCGCUAACGUGAUGACCACUACCUCCACCCCGACUAGCUCCCCCUCUCUUAACGGCGACAAGGGCUCUGGCUCCAGUGGUAUCUCUGCUUCGGACAAGAAGAUCAUCAUUGGUGUUGUGGUGGGUGUUGGUGGUGCCAUCCUUAUCGGUGCCAUCGCUUUGGUCUUCUGGAGAAUUCACAAGAAGCGUGCUGAGCAAUACGGCGACGAGGAUGAUCUGAUGGGCGGCACCGCGGUGGGUUCCGGUCCUCGUGAGAAGGCUCCUAGCCCGUCCGGCAACACCCCCUUCAAGAACACACUAGACCAGUACCACAACCCUGGUCCGGUCAACGCGGCGUCUAACUUCUAG